AUGAGACAUUAAAGACCUCCUAUCCCAAAAUUCAAUUAUGAGUUCAUUAACCUAAAAGCUGAAAUGAAUUUAUUAGACGAAGUUCAACAUCUGAUUUUUAAAUUGAAUUUGGAUUUUGAGAUAGAAAAAAAAGCAAUUCGAAUAAUAAAAUAAACACCAUUACCUAAUAACCAAACAGCAGCACGUGCAGUUAUAUUAUAUUGCUUAAAAGAUUUUGGAAAGAAAUUACCCAAAGUUGAUAACAAAUUAGAAUAAAUGAUCAAAUAUAUAGAAAAAAAGCAGGCCAGUAAUUUCUCAUUUAUUUGUUAAAAAUUGGGAUUUUGUGAUUAAGUUUGUUAGAUUUGUGAAACCUUAAAGAAACAAUUAAAUUAAUUAAUUGGAAGAUUAGAAUAAAAUUUGUAAGUAGCUAUGACAGUAAAAAUAGCUGCUGAUAUUAUUUUCUUAUAAUAUGGAGGAUUAAAUACUCGAAUAUUAUCAGAUAUUACUUAGGUUAAUGAAGAGAAACUAAAGUCAUCUCUUAAUAGAAUUACUCCAUUCUCGGAAAAGAUCAUAUCAGAUCUAAUGAAUCAUUAUAAUGAAGAUACUCUCUGA